AUGGAAGAUGAAUUAGCUUUUUAGAAUCUUUAAAAUGGUAUAAAUCUUUAUUUUUCAUAUUUAAAGCAAUUGAAAAUAUGAAAAGAGAACGAGAUGAAUUGUUAUAAGAAUAUUAAAAAGAGAAAACAGAUUUCUAAGCAUUUGAUGCACAAAUUCGUAAGAUGCAAAUGGAAUUAGACUUAAGAGUAGCUAUUUUGAAAGAUAAAGAAUCUAAAUUAGCUAAUUACAAUAAAAUGAUAGAGGAGACAGAUCUAACAUAUCAUAGAGUAAAUUUAUUAACUGAAAAAUUGAAUAGAUUGUUGAAACAUCUAAUAGAUUAGCAGCUAAUUUAGAGAAAGAGACACAAUUUAUUAGAGAUAGAUUUAAACGUUAAUAAUAAAUUUGA